CAGAUAUUUGUGAAAUGAAAUGGGUGGAGGUGGUUGACUGAAAUGUAUUUACGUUUACUACUAAAAUAUUAAUUAAAAACAAAUACAAAUUUAUUAGAAAUACAAUUUCAAGAUAAAUUAUGUGAUAAAACAGAUCAACAGUUACUAGGAUAAGACCAUCUAGAAAAAGGCAUUUAUAAAAUUGAAGGAGUAUAUCUUAAUUAAAAAAUGUCAAAAACAGUAUUGUAUACAGGUGUAAAAUAUUUUCGUUAUUAAAGAUUUUAUUCUGAAUUAAUAAGCCACCAAUAAGGGCAGUAUAACAAUUUAUCUGUUCAGGUGUUAUUAUCAAGCAGACAAAACUAAUAUUAAAAUAUAAUACUAUGUUUAAGAAUGCUUAGAUUUUUAUUACUUUAGAAAGGAAAUGCUUGAAGAUCCUAAUAAUGUUGUGGAGGAUGGAGUAAAUAGUGAAGAAAAUAAAUUUAGUAAUAUGGGAGCAACUAGAAACAUGACUGCAUCAAGGAUAACUGUUCUUCAAGAACGAAAGAAACAAAUAGAAGAGACACUAAAUAAAAGAAAUCAAGAAUUAAGGCAGUUAUGUAUUCAAGAGGCUGAAUUAACUGGAAUAACUCCUCCAGAAAUGCCCUUAGAACCUGGAGAAACUCUUCCUCUUAUCAGGAGACGUGUAGGUACAUCUUAUCAAUUGCCUGAAAAACUUUUUAAAAAUGGCUGCAAUAAAGAUGAGAUGAUUGCUGAUUUUGAACUACAAAUUGAGUUACACGCCAACAUGGCAGAAGCAGCUUUAGGUUUAGCUAAUGAACAUAAUAUGAGCAAGACCAUGAAACGACAGCAUAGAUCAGAAUAUCAAAAACAUAAACAAAAAUGUUUGGCGUUGCAAGAAAAGGUAGCUGCUCUUAAGGAAAAAGCUGAACAACAAAAACAACAGAAAAAGAAACCAAGAACACCAGAAACCAUUGAUGAUACUAUUUCUGUGAGUACAAAUGGAAAGCAAGAUCCUAGACACAGUAUUUCUUUGAAACACAAUCUACCUAGUGAGGGUGGGGUGGAGCUUAGAUACCAUCCUGAUGCUUCAAGGUCUUAUAGAAUGAGCGAAGUGCCUUAUCUUGGACAGACAAAUAAACCUGACGAUAUUUUAACCAGUGGGUUCUAUAGACUAAGCCUUAAUGGAUAUCACACAUAUAUGGAAAGGCGUGAAAAUAUUAACAAUGUGUAUCCUUCAAAUUGCAUCCCUCAGCACUCCCCUUAUCCAUAUAAUUCAUCACAAAUGCCUAUUUCAAAUCAGCAUUUGCAGAAUAACCUUUCCUAUCAACAAAGCAGUCCUCUGUCACAACACAGUCCUCUAUUAUCCCAUAGUCCUCAUUUGUCCCAACAGAGUCCUCAUUCAUCUCAGCAUAGUCCUCAUUAUGUAUCACAGAAAGCUCAAUACAGUCCUCAACAGAGAUUAUUACAACAUCCUCAGUAUACUUCAGAGUUGAAUCAUAGACAAUCUAGUCCUACAGCUCCCAUAUCUCCUAAGUCUCACUACUAUCCCUCCUAUCCUACUUUCAACAGACAGAGUUAUAGAUAUGACAGUGAGGUAAUGUACAGAAAUCACCACCAAAUACAACCUCAUCAACAAUAUGAACAAAUGAACGUUGUAACCUCAGGUUUGGGAGGUUAUUGGAAGAGAACUACCAAUGGUGAGCUUGUUUGGUACUCAUCUAGUGUUAUAGAUGGUAAUUGGCAACGAGACAAAAGAUUUGGUAGCUUGGAUAGAAGAAAAACUAAAAGGUUGACCAGUAGAAUAUCUCCUAAUAUAGAUAACAAAUCAGCUACUUUGUCUACUGUCCCAAAUUAUCAAGGGCAAGUCAGAAGUGCUUCAAUUAAGAGUUCACAGAUUUUGAAUAGACGUUCUCAAGAUAAUGGACAGCUGGUACGCACACAAUCAUUGGGCAGUGUUGGGGCUAUAACUGUUGAUAGUGUUUAUCCCACAGAUGACAGCUCAUCUUAUGGUAGUGAUAGCAGAAGCCUUGAAUGCAAUCAAACUCUAAAGAAGCACAAAGAAAAAGAAUGGUUGGAAUCUUCACUAGAUGGUCCAGUUAUGACCAUAGGUGGUCCUAUAUCUCCACAUCGAGCUACAUCUCCACAAGGCUCUGUGUCAGUGCCCACACCUCAGCCACCAUUGUCUUCUUCUCAGCCCACUAUACCAACAUUUUCUUCUGAAGAAAAGGUCCCCAAAGAAAUACCAGCUGAAUCCAAUCCAUCCACAAAAUCUAGGGAGCCGCACAUUGAAUUAUUUAAUAAUACUAUACCGAAAAACUGCACUAUAGUCCAAGCAGGUCAUUGUAAGCCCUACCAUGAAGAGACCAAACCCUUUGAAAUGUCCGAUUUUUAUAAGUAUUCCACGAAAUUUAAGAAGUCUCCAACGAAGAGCGAAAAUGAAAAAGUACAUGUUGUUGGCACCAGUCAACAAAAUUUAAAUAAAAAAUUUGAUGAAUCCAAAGGUUCAUAUUCACCCAGUUUUCAGCAACACAGUGCUGGUACUUCAACGAGCUUGGAUAAUUCUGUGAAUUUAAACACAAGUCUGAAUUUAGACCAAUUGGCGGUUUCUGAGCAUUUUUCUGAUGAAAUGAAUGCUUGGUACAAGGAACAGAGGCAGAAUAAUAACAAUGCAGGAACGAAUCCGAAAAAUAGGUCAACUGCAACCCUAGUUUAGUAGUUUUUUAUAAAUAUAUAUAAAUAGUAAAAGGAGUACAAGAUUAUUAUAUUUGUACAUAUUUUUUUUAUAUUUAAUGUUUUUAAUAGUUUAUAGACAAUAAGGGAAAUUGUAAUUGUACUAGUUUUUUAUGUCUUGUUUGAAAUUACUGAAAAUAUUUCAGUAUAAUUUUUAAAAUACUGGACCCCACCGCACAGUUAAAUAAUUUCAAUAUACUCUCUAAUCACUCUGCAGGCAUGGUGCAACACAUUACUAUUUUUUCCCCAUAUUUUGCAAAAAAAAUUGUUGAACUGGUGGGUCAUCCCGUAUACAAAACGCAUAUUAAAAAGUUUUAAGACUGAACUUAAAAGAUAACAAUGUUAUGAAUGUGCAAAAUUGACUUAUUGUUUGUGUAUGCCAAUGUAGAAUAUUUAAAAUAAAAAUAUUUUUGAUACUCUGCCCCGAAUAGAUAAAACAAUGCUUAUCUAUAAUUUUAAAGUUUAAAGUAAACUUCAUAAUCACUUGCACAUGAAAGAUAAAAUUUGUUAUUUGGAGACAUUGUUUGGUUAAGUGUCUUUCUCUUGUUUAUUUAUAUGAUUAAAUACGAAAAUUUAAAUUUAUCAUAAAUUUUCAAGUUUUGACCAUUGAAAUUGUUUUCACACUAAUAUAUCGCCGUUUGUUUAUUAUAGUUUGUUUAAGCUCGAUUGUAAUUGUUAACAAUACCAUUUCUAUGUUUUCUAAAAAGAAAUUGUACUGGAAACUUGAACCAACUGUUUUGCCAAUUUAGAUACCUGCGCAAUUUUUAAGAUAUUUCAAUAGUUUUAUUUCCACUGUCAUUUAGAAUAUUUCUAACUUUUCUACUUGUACUUAAUUACAUACUGAUUUGGUAACAUUCAUUAUAUCAAAUAUGUUUAUAAUUCUUUCCAUUUGCCACUGUCUACACUUACUGCUCCUUUUUAUGUGUGUUGUUUGGAUAGUUUUCUUUAAUAGACAAUUAGUAGUAAUAUUAAUAAUUUUUAAUUAAAAGUAUUGUAUCAUCUAAAUCUUAUCUAUUUCAAUAUAUUUAUUGACAGUUCCAUUUUAUUAAAAAUAAUUAUGCAAUAACGAAUUAAGUGACAAAAUUCCAAAAUCAAGUAAAUAGUGCCCCAUCCUUUAAUAAUCAUUGAAACUUAAACUUAUUCUUAGUUAAAAUUCAGUAUUUUACCGAUUUUAGGGACAUGUGUAUUGAGCGACAUUUUCAUAUUUGCCAAGGAAAUACCAGCUUUCUAUUCCCGUUUCUCGAAAACACGUAAAUGUCGCUUAAUUUACAAUUACAUAACCGGGUCCAUUUGUACCUAUGUGUUUUUCAUAAAUCAGUACAAUUUAACAUAUUGGCUUUAAAUAGUAUUAAUUUGAUCAAAAAAUAAUAAAAAUUGUCAAUAAUUGUAAUUGACAGAUAAUUUGAUACAAGUAGAAAAAAAUCUAAAAUAAAUCGUAUUUUUUAUAAUAGACUGGAUUAAAUAAGACCCAAUUAGUUAUAAUUGAAUUAGGUUUUUUGCUCCUAAUUACACCCAAUAAUAAUUGUUUUUUUUUUUUCAAGAAUUUAGCAAAAUAGAC